UGGGAUUGGCUCAGGCUGUCGCCUGCAGUGGCAGAAAGAUGGCGGCCUCGCUGGUGCCUGCGUGCGGGAGGUCGGUGCGGUUACUGGUAUCUAGCCGGGCACUGCUGGGAAACCGACAGCUGAGCAGCGAGCCGGGGGAGAGCCUGACCGGCGCUGUGCUGCGGGGCCAGCAGAAGACCUCUGAAGACCCCCAGAAUAACCCCGAAUCAGAGGAACAGCAGAAGAAGCAGAAGGAAAACAAAGCCAGAGCUAAAAAGAUCGUCCUGCGAGCGACCGGGGUUCUGGGCAUCUUGGGGGGCGGCUUUAUGGUGUAUACAUUUGGUAGCAGCUCAGUGGACGAGGAGGGAAAUCAGAUCCCCGAUGAGUUUGACAAUGAUCCUCCAGUUCUACAACAGAUUAAAAGGACGUACAAAUACUUUAAAGACUAUCGGCAGAUGAUCAUAGAACCCACAAGCCCCAAAUUGCUGCCAGACCCAUUGAAAGAGCCGUAUUACCAGCCGCCAUACACGCUGGUCCUGGAGCUGAAAAAUGUCCUGCUGCAUCCCGAGUGGUCGUUAGAAACAGGAUGGAGGUUCAAGAAGCGGUCCGGCAUCGACAACUUGUUCCAGCAGCUGGCACCUCUGUACGAGAUUGUUAUAUUUACCUCUGAAACUGGCAUGACUGCAUUCCCCCUCAUCGACAGCUUGGACCCUCACGGCUUUGUAUCGUACCGGCUUUUUCGUGACGCCACCCGGUACUCAGAUGGACACCAUGUAAAGGACAUCUCGUGUCUGAACAGGGACCCCUCACGUGUUGUAAUUGUAGAUUGCAAAAGAGAAGCCUUUAAACUGCAGCCAUACAACGGCCUCGCCAUAAAGUCCUGGGACGGAAGCUCUGAGGACCGGGCGCUUUACGACCUCACCACCUUCCUGAAAACCAUUGCCACGAGCGGUGUAAGCGAUGUCCGCACCGUCCUGGAGAAUUACUCCCUGGAGGAAGAUCCCUUAGAAGCUUUUAAACGACGACAGAGCCAACUGGAGCAGGAGGAGCAGCAGAGGUUGGCAGAACUUUCCCAGCUCAGUAAACGACAGCCCAUGUCAUUAGGCUCUAUCGCCGGACGGUUUUGGCCUCGCUCUAAACAACAGUGACCUCAACAUUGCCCCCUUUUGGCUACACAAGACAGACAAGUAUGAAGCGGCCCCGCCAUCCCUGUGUAUAUAUAGAGGGGACGUAGUCGUCUUUCCAUUGGACAUGUGUUUGCAUCGUGUGAAUAUAUAAAUAAACCUUUUUGUAGACUUA